UGUGAAAAUGUAUACUAAAGCAGAAAUAGAUUUGGAGAUACAAACGGAUAAGGUUUUUGGUUUGCUUAGUGCUGAAGUGAAGAUAAUUCCAGAUCUGAAGGAAGAAGAAAUACAAAAAUUUGUUCAACAGUCAGGAAUAACAUUGGUAAAACAGGUGGAAAGUGACAGUUACACAGUUCACGGAAGCUGGAAGUCUCUCCAGAGAGCUAGAGCUUAUUUAGACAUUAAAUUUAAAGAUGCAGAACCAAUACACAGUAACGAGAGUGAAAUUCCAGACAAAAUUGCAUGUGAUAAAGACCAUAAUGAGCAUAAAGAGAAUGACGACGAUGCUAAAGAUGAGUCACAUGACCAGAGUGAUGAAUGUAUAGGCAGUCCUAACAAUGAAGAACAGGUGGACACAGAAGAUGAAGAGGAUGUGAAAGAUUUCCAGUGUAAAGAUUGUAAGGAAAAGUUUCAAACAUUCUCUCAUUUAGAAGAGCACAAUCAAGAAAAACACAAUCUUUUUACAUGUGAUAUUUGCUUGAAGACAUAUGCAAAGAAAAGAUAUGUACAGCAACACAAAAAGAGACACACCCAAGAGAAAAAGUUCCAGUGUGUCCUCUGUGGUUUUAAAUUUUUCGAGCAGAGCAAAUUGAAAAGUCACAUGGAAACUCACAAACCUGUAACUGAAAGGGAACUUCCCUACAAAUGUAGUUUGUGUUUGAAACAGUUUCACAACCGGACAGGAUGGACAGAACAUAUGAACACUCACACAGGUCAAAAACCUUUCAAAUGCUCAAUACCAGUAUGCAGUGCAGAAUUUGCACACAGUAGUGCAUUAAAAAGACAUGAAGCUUCACAUGCACCAUAUGACCCAGUGAAAUGUGAUUUCUGUGCAAAGAAAUUUAGGUAUCCUGACAAAUUGAGAGCUCAUAUGAUUUUGCAUACAGGUGAAAAAAAAUAUGCCUGUCAGUGUGGAAAAAUAUACACAACAUCAAAUUCCCUGAAACGCCAUCAACAGACUUGUAGUGAUGCUUAUCAAGUGUUAAACCAGAAAGUCUGUGUGUACCAAGCACCUGCCACACAGGAUAUUGUGUAUAUGUGUGGUUUAUGUGAAAAGCAAUUUGAUUCCCUUGAGAGUGCUGAGUCACAUGUUUGUAGUUGUUGUCAAUGAGAUAUUUACAGUAUACAAGUAUAUUGUAUUGUUUGUUUGUUUGUGUAUUAAAAUUUCAAAUGCU